GUGCAUUUGCUGUGAUCCGUUUGAUUUUUUUAGAUCUCCAAAACAAGUACACGGAAACACCUACAGUCUUUCUCUCUCCUCCCCUUUUCAAGUUUUACACUCUUUCUCUAUCUAAACCCCCAAACCUCGAAAAAGCUCUAAAAUUCUGGACAAGAUCGUAGAGAUAGUGUUUCGAUGGACGAAAGCAAAGACAAGGGUGCUGCUGGUGAAAUUGUAGCUGGGGCUGUUGGGAGUCAGGGUCAGGUUAGUGAGGAAGGUGGGCCUUGUAAUGGGGAUGAUCUAAUGGUGGAGGUUUUCGGGUCUAAUGUAUAUGUGGGUGGAGUUUGUACUAGUGGGGGAGGGGAUGAGGAGGAUAAGGAGGUGGGUCGUGAGGAGUCGGUUGAGGUUGAUAUGGGUUCGGGAAGGAAUGCGGGGUCUGUGGGUGGAGAUGGUGGUGAAGCGGGUUCGGGUGGGAAGGUAGAGUCGGUGGAAGAAAGAAGGGGAGUGGUUGCGGUGGAGGAGGUAGGGGUGGUGGUUAGGGAGGAGAGUUUGAAGGGAGCAGGGGCAGCUGCUGUUGCUGGCUCGGCUGGUGGAGAAACACAGGUAGUUGAUGUUGAGAAAGCUGAAAAAGAAAGGAAACAAAUUGGAGGACUUCUGGAGGAAGUUUUUGGGCGAGGGAUUAUGGAUGGUGGGAAACAAAAAAAGAAGGUAGUUGAUGGUGGGGCUGAUUUGAAGGUACAGAAAGUUAGUGUUGCAGAUGAUGAAGUCAGGAAUCCUGGAAUUGACACUGUAGCUGCAAGUUCUUCGGAAACAGUGGAGAAUUCUUGUGUUCGGACCCGAGUUGUGGAAAAAGCUCCAGUUGUCAGUGAAGAAGGUUCGAGUCCCAAACCCUUGAAUGGACAAAGGCAAGUAUCUGCUGGUGGUGGUGAUGUUUCAGGCACGGACAAAGGAGAUACUGUGACUUCCGAAGUUGCAGGUGUAGAGAUUGGUAAAAUUGAUGAAAGUAAUUCAGUAGGAAAACAGCAGGUUAAGAUUGAGUCGCUAGGUGGAAACGUCCAUACUCACAUCAAUCUACCUGCACAUACAGUUGCUUCGUCCCUGCCAGCUAAAGUAGUUCCUGUAGGUGAAAUUGCUGUAACAGAUGGAGAGGAUCUCUUGAAUUCUGAAAAAGAUCAUUUGAAAUUAGAAGAGAGUGUAGAGAACAUGUUUCAUGAUAUUGCUCAGGUUGGAUCAAAUACUUCAUCUCUGCCAGCAAAACUUCAUCCUGGAUGCAUAGAUCGAGAGGGUCUUUUGAAUUUUGAAAGUCAUCGGCACUUGAAACCCGAAGAGAUUGUAGACAAGAACAUGGUCCAUGAUAUGGCCCAGGUUGAAUUAAAUGGAGGACAAGAAAUGGAAGUGGACAACCAAGUUAAUGAUGCUGAACAUGGUGAGUUAGUUUCAGGAAAUGAUCAGAAUUCAAAAAUUGAGAAAUCAUGCAUGAACUCUGUUGGGAAGGAUCAAAAGUUGAAGUUUGAAGAGAGUUUAAACAAUAGUGUGACCACUGACCAUGCUCAGUCCAAGACCAAUGUUGUACAUGAGGUUGAGGUAACUGAAGCUGAUAUGGAUGGUUUAUAUGGAGAAAGCCUAGACAUGGAAGUGGACAGAGAUGCUAGUCAUAGAGAACAACCAAAACCCAGUGAAGAGAAAAUUGUUAUUCAAGAAGCUAUGCAGCCUGAAAGCUCUGAAAUAGUGCCUCAGCUUAGAUAUGAGCUGCCACAAAAAAAUGAAGGUACAUUUUCUGUCUCAGAUUUAGUUUGGGGUAAAGUGAAGAGCCAUCCAUGGUGGCCUGGACAGAUAUUUGAUUUUAUGGCUGCAUCUGAGAAGGCAAUGAAACAUCAUAAGAAGGACUGUUUUUUGGUAGCAUAUUUUGGGGACCGAACAUUUGCUUGGAAUGAAGUAUCUAGUUUAAAGCCUUUCCGAUCUUAUUUCUCCCAGGCAGAGAAGCAGUGCAAUUCAGAAACAUUCCACAAAGCUGUCAAUUGUGUUCUGGAAGAAGUUUCAAGGCGUGUAGAAUUGGGUCUAUCAUGCUCAUGCAUACCAAAAGAUGUUUAUGAAAAGAUCAGAUUCCAGAUUAUUGAAAAUGCUGGGAUAUGCCAUGAAUCGAGUAGAGUGGACGGAGUAGAUGAAUCUGCAAGUGCAAGUUCAUUUGAAUCUGAUAAACUACUUAAAUAUGUAAAAGCUUUAGCACGGUUCCCCUCUGGCGGCAGUGACAAAUUAGAACUUGUCAUUGCCAAGGCUCAUUUGCUGGCAUUUUUUCGUUUAAAGGGUUAUUGUAGUUUGCCUGAAUUCCAGUUUUGUGGAGAUUUGUUGGAGAGUAAAACAGAUAAUUCGCUCUCUGGGGACAAAACAUGUCCAGGUGAAAUUACUGAGCAUGCGACUUAUAUUGGGAAGGAUGAUAAGAAGACUGGACCGGAGAUUGAGGAACUCAAGUCUAGCACUUCUCAUAAACGCAAACAUAAUCUAAGAGAAGGAGCGUAUGCUAAAAUGAAAGAAAGAAGCCUGUCAGAAUUAAUGGGUGGCGAAACAGGUUCGCCAGAUGGUAAUGAUUGGUUGGAUGCGAAGGCUUUGCCAUCAUCUGGCAAGAGACGGAAGGGUGCUGAGUAUCAGGCUGCUGAUUUAGCCACACAAGAUGGGAGGAAAGCUGUUUCCCAUUCAACAGUUUCAAACACAACACCUUCACCAAAACCAUCGUUUAAGAUUGGUGAAUGUAUCCAGAGAGCUGCUAGCCAGCUAUCAGGGUCUACUAUAGUGAAGAGCAGCACUGACAGACCUGCUGUGCAGGGAUCUGAUGUUCCCUUCCAGAGUUCUGAUGAUACUCUUAGAGGAGUGAAUAAUACAACAAAGUACUCAUCUCUAGAUGAAUUGCUGUCACAACUUCGGUCAGCAGCAGAAGAACCUCUGAAGGAAUACAAUUCCUUGAGUACUAUUGUCAAUUUCUUCUCUGAUUUUAGGAAUUCUGUGGUUGUUGGCCAGAGAUCUGGGGUGGUGCUUUCAGUUGUAGACAAAGUUGGUGGUAAAAAGAGGAAGUCAAAUUCUGUGCAUGGGUUACCUGAGACUUUUGAAUUUGAUGAUAUGAAUGACACUUAUUGGACAGACAUGGUAAUCCAAAAUGGUGGAGAAGAGCAAGCAUCACGGAAAAGAAAAACGAAGUAUCAACCUGUCAUCCUUGGGCAACCAGAAAAGCCCCCUCAAAUGGGUCGCAGGCCAUACACCAGGAAGAAGUUUUCUCAAGGGAGUCAAGAUUUGCCUCCGGAGAAACCUGUUGGCUAUGUGGAUGAGAAUGCACCAGCAGAACUUGUAAUGAGCUUCUCUGAGGUGAGCUCUAUUCCUUCAGAAACAAACCUGAAUAAAAUGUUCAAGCGCUUUGGACCUCUGAAGGAAUAUGAAACAGAAGUUGAUAGGGAGAGCAGCCGUGCUAGAGUUGUUUUUAAGAGAUGUUCUGAUGCCGAAGUUGCUUGCAAUAGUGCUGGGAAAUUCAACAUCUUUGGACAGAUCACUGUAAAUUACCAGCUCAACUAUACUCCCUCUCAGCUCAACUACACGCCAUCUAUUACGUUCGGUGCAUCUACCAGUGCUGCAGCCCAGGAUCAGGAAGUGCAACUUGUUUUCCCCUCCCAUGAUCAUGAGAUGCAUCUUGAUCUCUCCACCCAUGACCAGAUGCAGCUUGAUCUUUCCACCCAUGACCAGAUGCAGCUUGACCUUUCCACCCAUGACCACAUGCAGCUUGACCUUUCAACCCAUGACGAGAUGCAACUAGACCUCUCAACAUUCGAAGUUAAUCUGGUUUGACACUUGCAGUUAGGAGAGCGGAUGCUGAAGAAAAGACGGAUACAGGGCUGGUAAAGAGGCCGUGAGACACAUGCUAAUGCCUAUAGGAUAUCCAAACUGAAGUGGCUUCUGAAGGAGGUACCAGACUGUUCAUUCAUCUGGUUAUCAUCGGAUUUGAUCUUGUGCCAGGGUCUCUGUUCUGCUUUUCGCCAAGAUGCCUGUUUUGCCCUCUGUUCUGUAAUCGUAUGUCCUUAGUCCGAUGUAUAGCAGAGAUAGCUUUCUCACCUUUGAGGGCUACAAGAUUUGAGUCAUUGAUAAGCAGGCUGUUCAAGUUCCAUUUCUUCCUCCCCAGUAGUAGAUUUUAUGUUACCAUAGGAUGCUGUUUACAUGUCAUAAUUUCCUGGGACUAGGGAUUUCGGAAAAUGAAAGUCAUGGAUGAAAUUCAUCCAUUUCUA